AGCAAAAACUUCGAGUCACGGCACUACACACGUCCAUGAGGUAAACGCGACGGUAGGGUUUGCGCCUGUUAUUUGCUUGUUAAAUAAGUACGGCAGCUGCAGCACGAGCUAACCAUCAUAGCAGCUUUACUCAGCAUAAAGUCGGUUUCUUGGGUGGUUACAAACUUUGUGCAUUAGUUUUAGCUGGCUCUGGGUGUCCGCGUGUGUGUGUGUGUGUGUCGUGGAGCCGCAUUUCGGCUGACGUAUUGUAAAGCCCAGCUAAGAAAUCUGCAUUUCGGUGCGAAAAUAGUGCAUCAUCACAGCGGUUCCGUCAUACGGCAAAAGCAGACGGGGUGUAAACCUAUAGCACGGAAAGAGCAAAAGGUUACAGCAAUUUGUAUAGCAAAAAGCACCACCCCACACCAACAUGAAAAUCACACUGAAAACACUGAAGCAGCAGACGUUCUUCGUCGAGGUGGACGUCGAAAAGGACACAGUGAAAACCCUGAAGGAAAAGCUGUACACCGAGAGCGAGCUGGCGUACCCGGUCGACAGGCAGAGGUUAAUCUAUCUUGGUAAAAUCAUGGAAGACGACCAUCUGCUCAGCCAGUACAAACUUGACGACAAGAAGUUUAUCGUGGUGAUGAGCAAAAAGCCCUCGGCAGCCGCUGACGAACCAGCCGAGGGUGAGGCGACCGAACCGAAGAAGGAAACGGCGGCACCGGCCCCGAAACAGGCGGACACAAAGGCGGAGGGCGACAGUGCCGAUCCGCCGUCCAGCAGUGCCAGCAAACCGUCCACGUCCACACCAUCACAAUCUGCCCCAUCAACCGCCGACGAUCAAAAGACAGCAGCGCCGAAGGAUAGCACCCCCAGCACGACGGAGUCCAAGCCCGCGAACCCAUCAACCGAUGCUGUACCGGAAGAGAUGCAAGUAAACAUUCAAAGGCUAAAAGAGAUGGGUUACUCGGAACAAAGUGCCAGACUUGCGCUGGAAAUUUGCGCUAACAUUCCGGAUCGUGCCGUUGAGUACCUGCUGUCGGAGAUGGGCGGUGGUAGUGAUGUGUCCUUUGCGUUGGCCGCUGCCCAACAGCAACAGCAAGAGCAGCAGGGUGUACCAGCCGGUGCAGCACCAGCAGGCGAUGCCAACCCGCUCGACUUUCUGCGCAACAAUCCGGUGUUCGAAAACAUGAAGCGUAUACUGCGCGACGAUCCACUAAUGCUCCCGCACCUGAUGCGCCGGAUGCAGGAAAGCAAUCCGGUGCUGCUGAGCAUCAUUGCCGAGCAUCAGGACGAGUUUCUCGCGAUGAUCAACGAGGGUUCCGCGCCGAUGUCGCACGACAUGGAGGAUAUUGCGUCCGCUAUGAUAAACAGCCUAACGCCGUCCGAUAUGGACGCGAUCGAGCGACUGAAGGCGCUCGGCUACCCGGAGCAUCUCGUCAUACAGGCGUACAUUGCGUGCGAGCGCGACGAGUAUGAUGCAGCCAUGUUUCUCGUCACACAAACGCUGGACGAUGAAGAGUAGAUGAGCAACGCCGCGCCAACAAACACACACGCAUACACCAUUUCGCCGCGCGUCACACAAGACACAAAUCACACGCAUCGUUUCCUCACGUUUGGCUUCCCAUUUUCCGCGCCACUCAUUUUUUCCCCUUAGUGUGUCGUUGUAACACGAACAAAAGGGCAGAAAAUGUUAAGCAAAACACCAAAAAAGGCGCAUAUGAAAAUGCUGCACACUAUGUAGCUUUUCUUUAAUUGUAUUGUUUGAAACUCUUUGUCACCAAAACAGACAUUAACGAAUCUGUACCGUAAAUUAUUAACCGUAUGUUCGAAAUUCCCUCUUACCGGGAUACAAAUUUCUAAGUAAACGGUGUGUAUGUGUGCGUGUGUGU